AUGGCAGAACACCAGGACGAUGAUGGUGGCACGCACCUCGAUGGGGCCGCCGAUAUCUUCCAGGAUCCCAGCGGGUUCUACGCUGAAGAGAAACAGCCCACCUUCGCAGAGCACCAGAUGCUGUCUGGCGAAACUAUACGUGUGCGCCUAGUUGGCAGCCAUCCUCUAUACGGUAAUAUGCUAUGGAACGCCGGCCGUGUGAGUGCGGAGUACCUGGAACGAAAUGCCGAGAGAUUAGUCAAGGACAAAGAUGUGUUCGAGGUUGGAGCCGCUGCAGGCGUUCCCAGCAUCAUUGCUGCCAUCAGGGGCGCCCGCACAGUUGUCAUGACAGACUACCAUGAUCCGGACUUAGUCGACAACAUGCGUCAGAACGCUGCGGCGGCUGCGUCUCUCAUCCCCGAGAACUCACACUUGCAUGUCGCCGGUUAUAAAUGGGGCGCAGAUACCGAUGAGGUCAUGUCGUUUCUGCCAGCCGAAAAGGCAUUUGACACAUUGAUCAUGGCCGACGUUGUAUACAGCCAUCGAGAGCAUCCCAAUUUGAUAUUGACCAUGCAGAAGACUCUGAAAAAGUCGGCAGACGCAGUUGCGCUGGUCAUUUUCACUCCGUAUCAGCCAUGGCUUCUGCCCAAGACGGAGAAGUUUUUCCCGUUGGCAGAGGAGAGCGGGUUCAUGGUCACUAAGGUUUUUGAGCAGAUUGUGGACAAGGUUCUCUUUGAGGAUGAUCCCGGGGACGAGAAACUCCGUCGCACUGUGUUUGGUUAUGAGAUUCGUUGGGCACCACAGAGUUUAUGA